GAUGAACGGAUGAAAUAAUGUCGGCAUUAUCUCAGGGAAUUUCAACAUUUUCUAGCUGCAACAAAGCUGAUUCUGUGCCGUAUUUUACUCAGUAUCUGAAACAAAAUCCAAACGAUUAUACAGCUCUGGCUUGGCGUGGCCGUGCUCACAGCAUUAUAGGAGAAAUUGGCAAAGCGAAAGCAGAUUUCGAAACAGCAGUGAGGGUAACAAGACCACCCAGAAAAUACCUAGCAGAAGCACUGUUAGAGAGAUUAUCCAACAAUGAAGCUCGUCAAAAAUCCCUUCUCGUUUCUACUGUAAAUGAGUUUCCUAACUGCGCAGAAGCCUGGAGUGAGCUUGGGUCUUACUACCAAUCGACCGAUAUUGAUAAGGCGCGCCAAUAUUUUGAAAAAGCUAUAAGUCUAGGGAAAUCAAAUGGAGAGAGAGGAGAGCCAUGGUAUCACUGGUGUAACAAGGAUCUUGGAGAUAUCUAUUACGAAAAUGGUGAAAUUCUGAAAGCCUCGAAUUACUACCAUGAGGCAAUUCGUUGCUGUGAUACUUUUACGGUGGCAUAUCUUGGAUCAAGCCAGUGUGAUAUAGUAAAUGGAAAUAACUUCAGGGCCCAGGAGAGUUUCCUAAAAGCUAAGGAGUUGAAUCCAUCAAUCUGCCCCUGGGAAGACUUCAGCGAAUUUAAAAACGUUGUUCUGCAGGGAAGGCAACAGAGAGGUUCACAUUCCGAUCGGCAAAGAAGUUCAGAGACAUCUGGUGUAUCCGGAGGAGGGGGUUGGGGAGGAAGUAGGGGAAGUGGUGGAAAUGGAAGUGGAGGCGAUGAUGAUGAUGAUGACCCCGAUGGAAGCAAAAUGUUGAAAAAAAUCAAAAAGGAAGCACUGGAAGUAAAGAAGUAUAAAGGAAGAAUUUACUAUCGAUCAAAAUGUGGGAGGUACUGGUACACCAAAGACACGGCAGGUCAUGGAGGGGCUUUCUUUAAGAAGUACGAGGAUAAGCGGAGUACUCUGGAGUUCGUAGGCUCGGUGGAUAAAAACCUCCGAAAUAUGCCACGUAAACACGAAUCUGCUCAGGCUCCGACAAUUCGUAAGAGUGACAUGGACACAGUCAAUAUAUAAACAACAUAACAAACUGUCACUUGAAC